AUGAAGAUUGAGAAGGUGAACAGCACCACCAAGACACAGCGCAUCAUCUCCCACAGCCACGUGAAGCGGCUGGAGCUGGUCGAGAGAGGCCUAGCCAAGGCGGUGGCCUCAGAGCUCGCGGGCCAGGAGAACGCACGCAAGGCACGUAGUGUGAUAGUGGAAUUAAUCAAAAGCAAGAAAAUGGCUGGAAGUGCUGUCUUGUUGGCAGGGCCUCCUGGAACUGGCAAGACAGGUCUAGCUCUGGCUAUUGCUCAGGAACUGGGUAGUAAGGUCCCCUUCUGCCGGAUGGUGGGGAGUGAAGUUUACUCCACGGAGAUCAAGGAGACAGAAGUGCUGAUGGAGAACUUCCACGGGGCUAUUGGGCUGCGGCUAAAGGAGACCAAGGAGGUAUAUGAAGGCGAGGUCACAGAGCUCACCCCAUGUGAGACGGAGAACCCCAUGGAGCGCUAGGGCAAGACCAACAGCCACAUAAUCAUAGGGCUCAAGACAGCCAAGGGGACCAAGCAGUUGAAACGGGACCCCAGCGUUUUUGAAAGUUUGCAGAAAGAGCGAGUAAAAGCUGGAGAUGUGAUUUACAUCGAAGCCAACAGUGGGGCCGUGAAGAGGCAGGGCAGGUGUGAUACCUACGCCACAGAAUUUGACCUUGAAGCUGAAGAGUACGUCCCCUCGCCCAAGGGAGAUGUGCACAACAAGAAGGAAAUCAUCCAAGACGUGACCUUGCAUGACUUGGACGUGGUCAACGCAUGGCCCCACUGGGGACACGACAUCCUGUCCCUGAUGGGCCAGCUCAUGAAGCCAAAGAAGAUGGAGAUCACAGACAAACUCUGAGGGGAGAUUAACAAGGUGGUGAACAAGUACAUCCACCAGGGCGUGGCAGAGCUGGUUCUGGGGGUUCUGUUCGUUGAUGAGGUCCACAUGCUGGACAUCGAGUGCUUCACCUACCUGCACCAGGCGCUGGAGUCUUCCAUCGCCCCCACUGUCAUCUUUGCGUCCAACCGAGGCAACUGUGUCAUCAGGGGCACGGAGGACAUCACCUCUCCUCACGGCGUCCCUCUCGACCUUCUGGACCGAGUGAUGAUCAUCCAGACCGUGCUGUACACCCUGCAGGAGUUGAAACAGAUCAUUAAAACCCGAGCUCAGACAGAGGGAAUCAACAUCAGUGAGAAGGCACUGAACCACCUGGGGGAGAUUGGUACCAAGACCACUCUGAGGUACACGGUGCAGCUGCUGACCCCGGCCAACCUGCUGGCCAAGAUCAACGGGAAGGACGGCACUGAGAAGGAGCACAUCAAGAAGAUCAGUGAGCUCUUCUACGAUGCCAAGUCCUCAGCCAAAAUCCUGGCUGACCAGCAGGACAAGAACAAGAAGUGA